AUGCCAGCAAGACGCAAGGGGUCUGAUUUGGUCCGUCGAACGACCAAAAGUACAAUCAUGCGAGAUAGAAGAGCACAACCGAAUAAUGAAAAUGUACGUGUGAACAUGGUGCGAAUGCGUGAGGCACAAGCUGAACAAAAUCAAAAAAGACGAUUAGAAGCGCGUCAAUUCGUAGUUGACACACGCAGAAAAAAUGACCGACAACGCCAACAAGUACAUAGAGCAUUUACAUCCAAUUCAUUCCUUCGUCUAGCAUUCGAGUAUGGGCCCGAUAUUAAAUAUUACGCUCAUUCGAAAGUAGUGAUUGGUGCUAUGGACAAGGAAUGUCCGCAUUGUAAUGCGCUUAAGUUCAAACAUGAGCCAGCCGGCAUGUGUUGCGCGUCAGGAAAAGUGCAACUACAGGAAAUUGAAACACCACCUGAACCAUUGAACGGUUUACUUAUCGGUACGGAUCCAGAUUCUAACCUGUUCCUGAAGUCAAUUCGAAAAUUCAAUUCAUGUUUCCAAAUGACAUCGUUCGGAGCAACAAAAAUAGUUAAAAAUAAUGCUACAAAUGGUCAACAAUUUAAUUCAACAUUCAAAAUCAAAGGCCAAGUUUAUCAUAGAGUGGGCUCAUUGCUACCAAUGCCAAACAAACCACAUACAUUUUUACAAAUUUACUUUAUGGGCGGUGAGGACUCCGAAACCGCACGUGCCAAUCGCGUGGAUGCACAUUGUAGUUACAAUAACUUUAAUUCACCUUUUGCCAGACGCAUCGUCGGUGAUCUGGACGUUUUAUUGAAUGAGCACAAUGAAUUGUUGAAAUUAUUCAAAUCACACAUGCACAAAUUACAAAGUGAUAAUCACGCAAUUGUCAUCAAUCCUGAUAAAACACCAGCCGGAGAGCACAUUUGUAGAUUCAAUGCAACUGUAGUUGACGACGUUGCUAGAAUCAUGGUUGGCGAUCGUACAGCUACACGAGAAAUUGUGAUUCGAAGAAGAAAUAAUAAUAUUGAGUUCAUUGCUGAAACACACCGUUCAUACGACGCUCUCCAAUAUCCGCUAAUAUUCUGGAAAGGACAAGACGGAUUGUAA